UGGAUUACUUCCCUUGUCCAUGUGUUGAGCAAUGUUUUAGUCUGCUUCAACGUGCUUUCAGUUUUGCUUGAGGUUUCAUCAUAACACACGUUAACAUACUGAUUUGUGUGAAAUGUCCAAGGCUACAAAGAGAAAGCAUGUCGUGAAAGAGGUUCUCAAUGAUUAUGUUCUUCCCGAAGGAGACCAAGAGAUCGUCAGGGUUACAGCCAGUCGAGGCAACAACCUUCAUGAAGUAGAGACAGCAGGAAGCACCAGAUACCUUGUCAGUAUGCCCACCAGGUUCAGAAAGAAUGUGUGGAUAAAGAGAGGAGACUUUGUGCUGGUGGAGCCUAUUGCUGAAGGAGACAAGGUCCGAGCAGAGAUCCUCAGCAUUCUGUACAAGGACCAGAUCAAGCACAUCAAGGAUGAAGGGCUGUGGUGA